GGCACGGGACCAGCCAGGCACUGCAAAACAAGUUUUGGUGCCAGAGACUUUGGUGGCUUCCAAGACUGCUUUUUCAGAGACAGGCCCAUGGACACAGCACGGAUUGCAGUUGUCGGGGCAGGUGUGGUGGGGCUCUCCACAGCUGUGUGUAUCUCCAAACUGGUGCCCCAGUGCUCCGUUACCAUCAUUUCAGACAAGUUUACUCCAGAUACCACCAGCGAUGUGGCAGCCGGAAUGCUUAUUCCUCACACUUAUCCAGACACACCCAUUCACACGCAGAAGCAGUGGUUCCGAGAGACCUUUAACCACCUCUUUGCAAUUGCCAAUUCUGCAGAAGCUGGAGAUGCUGGUGUUCAUUUGGUAUCAGGUUGGCAGAUAUUUCAGAGCACGCCUACCGAAGAAGUGCCAUUCUGGGCUGACGUGGUUCUGGGAUUUCGAAGGAUGACUGAGGCUGAGCUGAAGAAAUUCCCCCAGUAUGUGUUUGGUCAGGCUUUUACAACCCUGAAAUGCGAAUGCCUUGCCUACCUCCCGUGGCUGGAGAAAAGGAUAAAAGGAAGUGGAGGCUGGAUGCUCACUCGGCGAAUAGACGACCUGUGGGAACUUUAUCCGUCCUUCGACAUCGUGGUCAACUGUUCAGGCCUUGGAAGCAGACAGCUUGCAGGAGACUCAAAGAUUUUCCCUGUAAGGGGCCAAGUGCUCCAAGUUCAGGCUCCCUGGGUGGAGCAUUUUAUCCGAGAUGGCAGUGGGCUGACGUAUAUUUAUCCUGGUACAUCCCAUGUAACCCUAGGUGGAACUAGGCAAAAAGGGGACUGGAAUCUGUCCCCAGAUGCAGAAAAUAGCAGAGAAAUUCUUUCCCGAUGCUGUGCUCUGGAGCCCUCCCUCCACGGAGCCUGCAACAUCAGGGAGAAGGUGGGCUUGAGGCCCUACAGGCCAGGUGUGCGACUGCAGACAGAGCUCCUUGCCCGAGAUGGCCGGAGGCUGCCUGUAGUCCACCACUAUGGCCAUGGGAGUGGGGGCAUCUCGGUGCACUGGGGCACUGCUCUGGAGGCUGCCAGGCUGGUGAGCGAGUGUGUCCAUGCCCUCAGGACCCCCAUUCCCAAGUCAAAGCUGUAGAUGACAUAAAAUGACAGCAAAUAGACUGAGAGACUGUUGAUCAAAGCACAGAAUAGGUUCAAAUGACUUUUCCACUGCAUGUAAGUUUAAUUAGACAUUUCUUUGUUUUCAACAUUAGAAGUGGUGUAACAUGUAAGCUGAGCACAGUGGCAUGCCUAUAGUCCCGGCUACUUGAGAGGCUGAGGCAGGAGGAUCACUUAAGCCCAGGAGUUUAAGUGCAAUCUGGAUAAUAUAACCAGAUCCCACCUCUAAAAAACCCAACAACAACAAAAGAAAUGAUGCAACAUGUAGGCUUCCUUAGGAAGUCUACCAUUAAUGACAUAGGGCAUAAAGCUCUAUUUUUUGUUAAAAAUACUUCUUAUAGAGUAAAAUUUCUUUAGAACUGAUGUCCAAGGACCUAUGCAGAUUUAUAUGAAUGUUGGAAGCUACAGAGAUUUUGAUAUCAUUUGCCUUAUAAAUCCACAGGAAGAGAUAAUGUAUGGAAAACACUUAAAUCACUGUCAAUUGUAGAGCUGCCCGUGAUCUUCGUAGGUUAUAGCCAAGUCAGCAACAUAAUUCUUCUAAAUAAAAUUACAUGGUGCUCACACAA